CAACAUCAACCAUCAACAUCAACCAAGAUCCAACCAAGCUCUAAUUACAUUACAUAAUUACAUUACUACUCAGACAACCUCAAAACACCAAAACCCCCAAGAAAGAGGCUCUGAAUAACCCAAAGAUGCCUCAAGACCGGUAUUUUGACUCUGCCCUGACACGCCACGGGGUAUCCCACAACCACGACCUGCGCGAGGGGUGCAUGAACGAGCCAUCAGGCGGCGAGACACGGCAAGAGCACGAGGCCAACAAGCCCAAAAAGGGCCGUUCCGUUGCCGAAGCACUGCGGCCAUCACACGUGUUUGGCGGCGAAAAGAAUGCCCCGGCCCCUGAAGAUCCGAUUGCUGGCACCGGCACAAGCUUGCAGGGGGAGAGUCUUGGGCAGGUGGAGGGGAGUGGGAUGCAGGAGGGGUUGAGGAGGAGUGGGAAGGGUAGUGCGGGCGUUGGAGGGUUGGAGCAAGGGGGGGGUGCUAGUUGAAGGGGUUACUGUUUACCGUACAUGGCUGCGG